AUUGAGUAGUAAAAGCAGUAGGGAAGUAACUAGAACAUGGAUUGUUGAUAAGGUUCGGCCUGUUGGAAGAAACAACAAACCUGAUAUAAUAACUUCGAAUCGCUCUUAAUUAAACAGUCAAUACAAUGAUUUUAACUGUAAAACCACUUCAAGGAAAGGAGUGCAACGUACAGGUCACAGAAGAUGAAAAAGUAUCCACUGUAAAAGAACUGGUGUCUGAACGUCUGAAUAUACCUGCAAAUCAGCAGCGAUUGCUUUACAAAGGGAAAGCCCUUGCAGAUGAACACCGAUUGAGUGAUUAUUCCAUUGGGCCAGAGGCCAAGUUAAAUUUGGUGGUUCGUCCUGCGGGGGAGAGGAGUGGUGUGGCUGGGAUGGCUAGCAGUAGCAGUGCUGUUGGUGGGGUGUGGCAGACUCUGUCCACUGUCCUGGUGAAACAUUUCAGCCCUGCAGAUGCAGCUAAAGUGCAAGAACAGCUUGUCAAGGAUUAUGAACGUUCACUUAGGCAACUCAGCAUGGAUGACAUUGAACGCCUGGCUGGGCGACUGCUUCACCCAGACAGUGAGGGUAUGGACACAUCGUACAUGGAUUGAAGGCCUACUUAUCUGACAUGACAGUAUUCUGGCCAUUCCCAGAGGAGCGGUGGGUCAAUUUUGACAGAUUAUGGCAGGGAAGCUGCAGUGUAAAUUGACUUCAUGCUGAGAAUCCCCAGUGUCAGCCUGAUAAAGGUUUAAUUGUAUGGGGAUAAAAUGAACUGUUGACUAUAGUCUUAUUGCAAAGCUUCCACAUUACAGCCUGGCUUAAUUAUUAUUUUCUUUGUUUUCUUCAGUCAUUCCAGUUCAAUUAAUAGGAUAUUUUCACUUGAUCAAAUCAAGACUGCAAUGAGAGCCAAUCCCUUUUGACUGUUGGUCUAAAGUUCUGUGGCUGCUACAUCAUGCUACAAGAGGACACUGAGUAAUUAUGGAAGUUCUUAUUUAUAAGCAAUGUGUUUGAAAUGAGUGAUGGUAUGUUUUCUGUAAACUAUCUGUAAGAAGGUGAGUGGUGCCUGUCUGUUCAGCCAUUGGCAGCCAUUGUAUGUUUUGUAAAUAUUGUGUUUAUACAAGCAUUAAAAAAGAAAGUAACUGUU